AUGGCGGCAUACUCUGAACAGGUCAUACUUUGUACGGGGAAAGGAGACUGGGUCAGCAACAUCGAGCAGGAAGAGGGUGAAACUGGAGAGUUUGUGAGAGGCCUCAAAGGUGUAAUUGGGAAGGGCGGUCCUGGGUUUGAUCCAUUUACCAAUGUCCUCAUCACGGCUUCCUCGUUGCAGAAGAGUGAAAAGGCUGGCGCAACAACGGCUCUAUUGUUUCCCAGUUUUAAACGCAUACCAAACAUCCCACAUACGCCUGAGGCCUUUUCAAACUUUGCAACCGCAUACUUGAAAGCCCGGAAGCUACAUUCCAUGCAUGAUGGUCUUAGCGCUGAGCAAAAGGCCAACCUCCUUCGCGACGAGUCGAAAGCAACAGAACUACCAAAGGUGGAAAACAUCACCAAACCCACGAUCUUAAUCUGCGGACACGGCGGCCGCGACCAACGCUGCGGCAUCCUCGGGCCCUUGUUGAAAUCCUCGUUUCAGUCCGAGUUCCAGCGUAGGAACAUCGAUGCUGAUGUAGGCCUGAUAAGUCAUAUCGGCGGCCACAAGUACGCUGGAAACGUCAUUAUGUAUCUGCCUCCUAGUAUGGAAGGUAACGCACUGAAAGGUUCGGGCAUCUGGUACGGGCGUGUAGGGCCUGAGAAUGUCGAGGGUGUGGUUGAAGAGACGGUGAUUAGAGGGCGUGUCAUUACGGAGUUGCUGAGAGGGGGUGUCAUGCAGGGCGGAGGGAAUAUUGGGAGGAUGAUUGAGACACAAUUGAUGAAAGAUAAUGGAGAAGAGGAUAGUGGGACCCUGAGGUUAAAGGCUAGGGCAAGAGGCUGA